GAACGGCUAAAGUAGAUGUUGGCUAGCAACAAAGAUAAGUCCCGCUUGUGCCACUCGGCUUGGCGCAAUAGUUGCAUUUUCAAGGAAAUCGCAUGGAAAUGCACUUCAAGUCCAAACGACAAAAGCAGAAAAAGCUUUAAGUUUUUUAUAGCUAACAUUUUAUCCAAUCGCAAUCCAUGUUUGAAGAAUUCGAUUGGCUUUUUACUGGCAGUGAAUAGAGUGGCUCGUUGGUCUAGUCACGCUGAGUCUUACUCGAAGAGCUUGUCCGUUAAUAAUACAAGCGAGAAGCGCCGCCUUUUCUCUGUAUUCAAAAUAAACAGGAGGACCCACCGACCCAUCCACCGAUCGACCGAACGUCUACGGAAGAACCCGCGGGUGCCGUACGGACACAAGCACGGAUUGGCCAGAUUCUUUCGCAAGUCUCUUCGCCAUCAUUUCCAUCAACCAACGGACCUAAUUCUGACCGAUUUACCUUUGGCAAUCAGGAUGGCCCCUCCCCGAAAGAGUAGGAGCUCCUCUCGUGGACGAACUUCUGCCAAAAGCCCCAAGAGUCCAAAUAUGCCCAAGAAGAAAAGUCCUGGACGAACUUCGUCUAAGUCUUCGACCUCUGUUGUAACAUCCGCGACCUCAACAACCCCCUUUGUAAAGGAAAAUAAGAUGGACUUUCAAGAGGGCGGCAAGGUCAUGGCACGUUGGCCAGGGACCAAUCUCUUUUUCCGGGCUAAUGUCACGUACGUAAGAGAGGACGACAACGAAUAUGAUGUUUUAUACGAAGACGGGACGGUUUACACGGUUAAGGCGAAAGAUGUAAAAAGCAACUUGGCCGUGCCUAAGAAAGACUCUCGUCGUAGCCGUUCACGAUCUCGCGGCCGUAGUCCAGCACGCAAAAACCCUGGCCGCCCGACAAGGAAAUCGACUGGAUCGCCCAAUAAGACGGUUUCACCGGCGAGAACCCGCAGAAGCUCUCGCAGUGCGGUAAAAGCACCCAAGCCCGAACCUGCACCAAUGCGUUCUUCGGCUCGCUUGGCCAAUGCCAAGAUCGAGCUGAGCUCGGAUGAGGAUGAUGGCCCUAAGGCUAUCCCGAAUCCCUCGCACUCCAAGGGCAAGAAGAAUAUGGGCUUUCUCUUCAACAUGGACUUCAGCUGGGUUCAAUCCUUAUUCUUCAUGGUUUUGAGUCCCUUGGUUUUGAUUGCCCUCCAUUUGAACUGCCAAGGUAAAUCGUGUAAGUUGGUCCAACCCGCUUUCCCGAAGAAAUUGACAGACUACUGGAAUUUGGAAGCUUUCCUCGCCGUUGUGGCCUUUUCUAUAAUUGCAAGACUGUUGGCCUUCAUCCCAUUGGGAAGAACUGUUCGCUCGGCCAGUGGACACAAUUUAAGACUGAACGGAUUUCUGAGUAUGCUCACCAUCUUGGCUGUGGUUCCCGGACUGGUAUACCGUAAAGUGGAUUUGAAAUUCGUCUCGGUCAACUACUUUAAGUUAAUGAUCUCGGCACUGAUCUUUUCGGUUGUUGCUUCGAUCGUGGCGUUUAUCAGCGCUCGUUGGGCCAAGAGAAGCAACAUCAAUCCAAAGGGCAACACUGGCAACUUUAUCGUUGACCUUGUGAACGGACGAGAAUUCAACCCCUGGUUUGUGAAAGUGGAUCUCAAGUUCCAAACCUUCCGCCUCUCCAUGAUGGCUUUGGCCAUGAUCAAUGUUCUGCUGGUAGUCCAAAGCAUCCAAGAUAACUCUGGAAAAGUGAACCCGACUGUGGUUCUCGCCGCCACCUUCCAAGUGCUGUAUGCUUUGGACAAACUGUUCUUCGAAGAAUACUACUUCUUCACAUCCGAUGCCAUGAACUCUGGUUAUGGAUUCAGCUUGAUCAACUCCUACUUUAGCUUCCCUUUUAUUCCUACCCUGAUCACCCGCUACAUCAUUGCUAACAAUAUCCAACUAUUAGUCUGGCAAUUGGUGGCUAUUGGUUUUAUGAACGCCUUGGGCUAUGUCAUUUUCCGGGCCUCCGAAACUCAGCGAUGUGAAUUUGCCAAAGAUCCGAACAGCCCAACGGUGAAACACCUCGCUUACGUCGCUGCAAACUCUGGACGACGCAUCCUGUGCUCGGGAUGGAACGGCCUAGUACGAUACCCCAACUACCUCGGAGAACUUCUCAUGCAAUGGUCUUGGGUUUUGCCAGCGGCUAAACUGGCGGGAAGUGCGGAUCUUCUAAUCUAUUACUUGCCCGUGUUUACCACUCUCAUGCUCAUCUUCCGCGUUGCUGAGGCCAACACUCGAAAUCGCCGACGUUAUGGACCUGGAUGGGACACGUAUUGCCAGAAAGUGUCUGCCAAUGUCAUCCCAAAGGUCUAUUAAGAUGAUUGAAGUUCAAAAUGUCCCAAAUGUUGCUCUGCUCAUGCAUUUUUGAUGGAAGGCUAACCCCACGACGUUCCCUCUCACAAAAGCUUGACAUUCAAAGUUAGUGUUUCGAGUUUUUGAGUAGUACCUCAGGUCUUUUCCGUUACUUGGCGAAGCCUCCGAAGGGAUGGCUGUCGUCCAUUAUAUGAAGUAAUUUUCGUACCUGACACCAAAUAUGCCAUAACGAAAUUUGACAUGACAUUUCCAUGAAACACCAACAAACAAAGCCGUUAAUUUGUUCAAAAACCGAUGAUGGUGAGACCGUAGAUGCCGGAGUGUAAAAAUGUAAUGUUGCUAGCAUGCAUUAAUCAAAAAUGAUAUUUUCUGUACUUUUUCGUCUAUCUUCCGAGCCAGCCAGUAAGUAAAUAAAUUAAGAACACUUAGCCCAGUUCUUAAUAUUUUGCAAAUAACUAAAUGUAAAUAUACCAAAUUGUGUACCCGCCUUAUAUCCGUGGAGUUUCAUGUUUGAGAUCAUGAAACAACACCAUCCCUUCCCAUGUGAACAAGAUCUCUUUAGGGUAUUGUUUUUUCCACAGAUCUCGCCUACGGUGAAAUAAAUGUCCAAAAAACUUUCA